UGUUAAACCUUGAUCUGGUGGUAUUAUAUUUUGAUUUUUGAUAAGUGGAAAGUGUUAAGUGAUUAAUUUGUGAUUACCCAAAUGAAUCAUUCAAAUAAUAAGUAAAACUUAAACAUACAUUUUGUUUAUAUCAAGAAACUGCUUAUUGUUUUAAAUAAUUAUAUCGAAUGUCUGCCAGAAAAAUCUGAAGUUAUACAUAUUCAGUUGUCAAACAAAUUUAGUAUUAAAAAAACAUGAAUUUCUUUAAGAAACCACCAACAAUAAAAGAACAACAGAGGGAAAAUGAUCGUGAACUUAGGAAGGCAAGCAGAGAUCUGGAAAGAGAUAAAGUUGCUCUGGAAAGGGAAGAGAAAAAAUUGGAAAUGGAAAUAAAGAAAAUGGCUAAGGAAGGUAAUAAUGCUGGUUGCAAAAUUUUAGCGAAACAACUAGUACAAUUGAGAAAUCAAAAGACUAGGAUAUAUUCAGCUAAUAGCAAGAUAUCCAGUGUACAAAUUCACAAUAAAGCUAUGGGUGCAAAUGUUGCAAUUGCUGGUGCUAUGGGAACAACUGCUAAAACUAUGGGAAGUAUGAAUAAGAUAAUGAAUCCACAACAAAUUGCCAAAAAUAUGGAAGCUUUCAAGCAUGCCAAUGCUAAAAUGGAAAUGACUGAUGAAAUGAUAUCAGAAACUUUGGAUGAUAUAAUGAAUGAAUCAGACGAUGAGGAAGAAACCGAAGGAAUCAUCAACCAAGUUCUUGAUGAGAUUGGUAUUGAAGUCAGUGGCAAGAUGGCGAAUGCACCAUCUGUAUCUAGAAAUAAAGUUGGCGAAUCAACUACAGAUGCAGACAAGGACAUUAUGGCGCAGCUCGCGAAAUUGAAGUCAAGUUAAUGUAUUGUACCAAAUAUAUUUAUUCUACAUGUUUAAAAAGCUAUAUAGCUAAGAGUCACAUUAAAGUAAAUUAAAUUUGUAAAAUGAAAUAAAUCUGAUAACAUUUUAUACCUUAUAUAUAUUUGUUAAGUUAAAGAAGUUCAUAAACAUGAAAACUUUACUAUAAUGAGUAAUGUUAUGAUUUUAUUAGAUUUUAAUCUAAGACUGUAAACACAAAAGGCAACGAUUCUUAAAAAUCAUCCGUCCAGUUGUCUUUAGCCGACAGGAAAAAAAUUGACGAACUUUUAUUUAGUUAUUUCACCAAUUUAAAAAGAUGUGUUAUGACUUAUUGUGAGUGAUUUAAAAUAUGUGUCAGGAACCAGCAAUACGUAAAUUCAAUUGUAAUAGAAAAUUAUUAAUACGUUUUUAUAUAGCAAAAUUGAUUUAUUAACUUUGUUACCAAAAUUAGUCUUGAAAAGUAUAAUUGUAUGAACAGAUCAUAUGUUCAAAGAUAUAGUUUGUGCUAAGGCUACCACAAAGACAUUUGUCCAUAAAACCCAGAAUAUGGUAUGUAUUUGGUAAAAUAUGGUUUAUUAUCUUUUUUUAUUAACCUGAAAGUUAUUGGCUAUAAAGUUAAUUGCCUUGCUGGUUUGUAUUAUGAUUUAAAAAUUAAUUAAUCUACCCCAUGUGGGUUGAUGGGGUAUUUAUAGUUUAGCUUCAUAAAAGAAUGGUGAUAUAUUGUUAUAAUUUAUAUAAUCAUUAAAUUGUUUAUACAAC